CCCCGCAGUGUCCAGGAAGGUCGCUCUCCAGGCGGAGUCCCCAUGGAGGCGCGGAGGCCCGCCGUCCUCUAACUGCACAGCUGGGAUGUGGAGCUGGAAGUGCCUCCUCUUCUGGGCUGUGCUGGUCACGGCCACACUGUGCACCGCCAGGCCGGCCCCCACCUCGCCCGAGCAAGCCCAGCCCUGGGGCACCCCUGUGGAAGUGGAGUCCUUGCUGGUGCACCCCGGUGACCUGCUGCAGCUCCGCUGUCGGCUGCGGGAUGAUGUGCAGAGCAUCAACUGGCUGCGGGACGGGGCCCAGCUGGUGGACGGCAACCGCACCCGCAUCACCGGGGAGGAGGUGGAGGUGCGGGACGCCGCGCCCGCCGACUCGGGCCUCUACGCGUGCGUGACCAGCAGCCCCUCGGGCAGCGACACCACCUACUUCUCCGUCAACGUCUCAGAUGCUCUGCCUUCCUCGGAGGACGACGAUGACGACGAUGACUCCUCUUCGGAGGAGAAAGAGACAGAUAACACCAAACCAAACCGUAUGCCCGUAGCUCCAUAUUGGACCUCCCCAGAAAAGAUGGAAAAGAAACUGCACGCGGUACCAGCUGCCAAGACCGUGAAGUUCAAAUGCCCGUCCAGUGGAACUCCCAACCCCACCCUGCGCUGGUUGAAAAAUGGCAAAGAGUUCAAACCUGACCACAGGAUUGGAGGCUACAAGGUGCGUUACGCCACCUGGAGCAUCAUCAUGGACUCGGUGGUGCCUUCCGACAAGGGCAACUACACCUGCAUCGUGGAGAACAAGUACGGCAGCAUCAACCACACCUACCAGCUGGACGUCGUGGAGCGGUCUCCCCACCGGCCCAUCCUGCAGGCGGGGCUGCCCGCCAACAAGACAGUGGCGCUGGGCAGUAACGUGGAGUUCAUGUGCAAGGUGUACAGCGACCCCCAGCCCCAUAUCCAGUGGCUCAAGCACAUCGAGGUGAACGGGAGUAAGAUUGGUCCGGACAACCUGCCGUACGUCCAGAUCCUGAAGACUGCCGGAGUUAAUACCACCGACAAAGAGAUGGAAGUGCUUCAUUUGCGAAAUGUCUCCUUUGAGGACGCGGGGGAGUAUACGUGCUUGGCGGGUAACUCUAUCGGACUGUCCCACCACUCUGCAUGGCUGACCGUUCUAGAAGCCCUGGAGGAGAGGCCGGCGGUGAUGACGUCGCCCCUCUACCUGGAGGUCAUCAUCUACUGCACGGGCGCCUUCCUCAUCUCCUGCAUGGUGGGCUCCGUCGUCAUCUACAAGAUGAAGAGUGGCACCAAGAAGAGCGACUUCCACAGCCAGAUGGCCGUGCACAAGCUGGCCAAGAGCAUCCCCCUGCGCAGACAGGUAACAGUGUCGGCCGACUCCAGUGCUUCCAUGAACUCUGGGGUUCUGCUGGUUCGGCCCUCACGCCUGUCCUCCAGUGGGACCCCCAUGCUAGCUGGAGUCUCUGAGUACGAGCUUCCUGAAGACCCUCGCUGGGAGCUGCCUCGAGACAGACUGGUCUUAGGCAAACCCCUGGGAGAGGGCUGCUUUGGGCAGGUGGUGUUGGCGGAGGCCAUCGGGCUGGACAAGGACAAACCCAACCGUGUGACCAAAGUGGCUGUGAAGAUGUUGAAGUCGGACGCAGCAGAGAAGGACCUGUCGGACCUGAUCUCGGAGAUGGAGAUGAUGAAGAUGAUCGGGAAGCACAAGAACAUCAUCAACCUGCUGGGGGCCUGCACGCAGGGCGGCCCUCUGUACGUCAUCGUGGAGUACGCCUCCAAGGGCAACCUUCGGGAGUACCUGCAGGCCCGCAGGCCCCCUGGGCUGGAGUACUGCUACAACCCCGGCCACAACCCCGAGGAGCAGCUCAGCUCCCAGGACCUGGUAUCCUGCGCCUACCAGGUGGCCCGCGGCAUGGAGUAUCUCGCCUCCAAGAAGUGCAUACACAGAGACCUGGCUGCCAGGAACGUCCUGGUGACGGAGGACAACGUGAUGAAGAUCGCAGACUUCGGCCUGGCUCGGGACAUCCACCACAUCGACUACUACAAAAAGACGACCAACGGCCGACUGCCCGUGAAGUGGAUGGCGCCCGAGGCUCUGUUCGACCGCAUCUACACCCACCAGAGCGACGUGUGGUCUUUCGGGGUGCUUCUGUGGGAGAUCUUCACGCUGGGCGGCUCCCCGUACCCCGGCGUGCCCGUGGAGGAGCUGUUCAAGCUGCUGAAGGAGGGCCACCGCAUGGACAAGCCCAGCAACUGCACCAACGAACUGUACAUGAUGAUGCGGGACUGCUGGCACGCCGUGCCCUCCCAGCGGCCCACCUUCAAGCAGCUGGUGGAAGACCUGGACCGCAUCGUGGCCUUGACCUCCAACCAGGAGUACCUGGACCUGUCGAUGCCCCUGGACCAGUACUCUCCUGGCUUCCCCGACACCCGGAGCUCCACCUGCUCCUCAGGGGAGGACUCCGUCUUCUCUCACGAACCAUUGCCCGAGGAACCCUGUCUGCCCCGACACCCAGCCCAGCUUGCUAAUGGCGGACUCAAGCGACGCUGACCCCCACCUCUCCCUCCUCAGACUCUACAUGGACCAGAAUCCCCACCCAGCUCCCCUGCUGGGCCAACUGCCUUCUCCCCUGUCCCCGCCGGCAGGACCCAGCUGAGUCUAGGAGGCCCUCACCGCCGAGCUCGCCUCCCUCCUUCCUCUCCACCUGCCGGUGAAAGAGAGGCAAAGAGGCAGGUGUUUGCCCCAGCCACUUCUUCCCUCCCAGGUGUCGGACCAAGACCCUGGCUGCUCCCACGCUGCCUGGAGGGCUGGGGCCGGGGAGGAGCUGGCCCUGGUGAGCGUGCUGAGCUCCGGUGGCUCUCCUGCCUCACCUCGCAGGAAGCCCCCGAGUCCUGGCGCGGGUGCCUCAUCCUCCGGCCACAGCAGUCGGAAGGUUGUGCCUUGGGCCUCGCUGAAGGCAACCUGUGCGCCGAGAGAUGGUGCCAGGGGCUUACUAAUGCCAAUACGAAUUCGCUUUGCUGACCAAACACCUGGUACCAGAGGCGGCCAAGGCAGAGGUGGGACCAGCGUCGUGGCCCUGGGGCCCAGCCCCAGCCGGGGGCUUUGUACAUAGCCUCGGAGAGAACACAAAGUGUAUAAAUCUGAGUAUAUAUUUACAUGUCUUUUUAAAAGGGUCGUUACCAGAGGUUUACCCAUCGGGUAAGAUGCUCCUGGUGAUUGGGAGGCAUCAGUUGAUAUAUAUUAAAAACAAAGAAAAAAGGAAAAAAAGGAAAAUGUUUUUAAAAAGGUCAUAUAUUUUUUGCUACUUUUGCUGUUUUAUUUUUUUAAAUUAUGUUCUAAACCUAUUUUCAGUUUAGGUCCCUCAAUAAAAAUUGCUGCUGCUUCAUUUUC